AUGUUUGGCUGCCUUCCCACCGCCAUUAAUUUUGCCUUCUCCUCUCUAGCCUGCCACAAUCUCUUUUGCCCUAUCCUAUCUCUUUUGCCUUCCCCUAUCUAUUUUAACAUCUUCUAUCUCUUUUGCCAACCCCUGUCUCUUUUGCCUUCUCCUAUCUAUUUUGCCAUCUUCUCUCUUGUUUUCCAGUAUCGAUCGUGCCCACACUUAUUUAUUUUAACUACCCUUUUCUCUUUUGCCUUUCCCUAUCUAUUUUGCCUUCUCCUAUCUAUUUUGCCUUCUUUUAUAUCUCUUGCUUCCUAUAUCGAUCUUGCCCACUCUUAUCUAUUUUACCUAAAUCUAUCUCUUUUGCCUUUCCCUACCUAUUUUGCCUUCCUCUGUCUCUCUUGCUUCUCAGUAUCGAUCUUGCCUUCUAUCUAUUUUCCUUCACCUAUCACUUUUGCUUUCUCCUAUCUAUUUUGUCAUCCUCUGUCUCUCUUAAUUUCCAGCAUCGAUCUUGCCUUUUCCUCUCUAUUUUGCCUUCACCCAUACCUUUCACCUACUCCUAUCUAUUUUGCCUUCCACUAUCUCUCUUGCUUUCCAGUAUCGAUCAUGCCUACUUCUAUCUAUUUACUUUCAACUCUCUCUUUUGCCUUCCACUAUCUAUUUUGCCUUCUCUUAUCUAUUUUGCUUUCCUCGAUCUCUCUUGCUUCCCAGUAUCGAUCUUACCUUCUCGUAUCGAUUUUGCCGUCCUCUAUCUUUCUUGCUUCCCAAUAUCGGUCUUGCCUACUCCUACCUGUUUUACGUUCCGCUAUCUCUUUUGCCUUCGCCUAUCUCUUUUGCCUUCCCUUCUCUUGUCUCCUCCGAGCUCAUUUGCCUUACCUUUUUCAUUUGCCUUCAGGCAAGAGAGAUAAGGGAAAGCAACGAGCGACCUCUCCUCUUUUAGAGAUAAGAUUUCAAAGCUCUCUUUCCUAA